AUCUUUGAACCUGUCAGUAUCCAACUAAGGUUGUCAUCUGCUUCAAAAAAGCUUCUGAUUUGCCAGAUUUGUAUACGAUCUUAACUGUUCUUCAUAUUAUUUGAAAUUUUCCAUAAUUUUAGAGAGAGAAAGAGAGAGAGAGAGAGACAAAAAAAAAAAAAAAAAACCUCUGCUAUUGAACUCUCAAGAUUGUAUCAGAUUUGUUUUGGAGCUCAUUUGAUCUCAAAGGUGACAUCUUUUCACUUCUCCAAUCAAUUCUGUUUCUGGGUUUCCAUUAAACUUCUGUUUCUGAUAAUUAGUUGAAUUCCUGUGUGAAAACCCUGAUCUUUUUGGUCCCAAUUGAGCUCAGGAAACCCUAAUUUCUUGGGUUCCUCGGUAAAUUUCCCAACUUUAUGAUGAUGGGUUGUUUUAAAUUUGAUCUGUUCAUCUGGGUUUUUUCUGUAUUGUGUUUGGGAUUGUUGUGCAGUGGAUUUGUUCCCGCUGACAAUUACCUUAUAGACUGUGGAUCACUUGCCAAUACUACAGUGGGUAAAUGUGUUUUUCUAGCUGAUAACUUGGCUUCCAAAUAUCUUUCAUCCCCAAAAGGUGUUGUUGCCAAUGUUUCUUUGAAAUCAAUCACUUCCUUUGAUGAUUCGCCGCUGUAUCAGACAGCGCGAAUCUUCCCAGAAUCCUCCAAGUACACCUUUCCCAUAAGCCAAAGCGGUAGGCAUUGGAUCCGCCUUUACUUCUAUCCGUUUACUUUUGGUAGUUACGAUUUGAGCAAGGCCAAAUUCUCUGUUUCCGCCCAAAACUUUGCGCUCCUUACUGAUUUCAGUGUUCAAAACACUUCUCUCAAAGAAUUUUCGGUGAACGUGACUUCAGAUAGCCUUGUUAUCACCUUCACCCCUUCCAGCAAUUCGUUCGCAUUCCUAAAUGCGAUAGAAGUUGUUUCAGUACCCGAUCAACUCAUAACUGAUGAUGCCAGCACCGUGUCUGAGAAAUUCCAGGGUUUGACGAAUCAGGCUCUGGAAACAGCUUGGAGGGUCAAUAUGGGUGGACCAAGAGUGUCUUUCGAGAAUGAUACCCUGUGGCGAACUUGGGUUCCUGACCAAAGUUUUCUAGUAAAUGAGAACCUUGCCCAAGAUUUCUCGAACAUUGCAGCUGUUAAGUAUGAGGCUGGUUUGGCAACUGCAGACAUUGCUCCACAAACCGUCUAUGGAACCCUCACUGAGAUGAACUCAGCAAAUAAUCCCAACAGCAAUUUCAAUGUAACCUGGGAGUUCACGGUGGAUCCAGGGUUCCAAUACCUUGUUCGAUUUCACUUUUGCGAUGUAGUAAGUAAAGCUCUCAAUCAGCUGUACUUCAAUGUUUAUGUUGACUCUUCCAAUGUUGCUCCAGAUCUCGAUCUGAGUUCUGUAGCAUUUAAUAAGUUGGCUGUUCCAUAUUAUCUGGACUUUGUUACAGCUUCCACUGUCAGAAAUAAGCUGCGUAUUAGUAUUGGCCCCUCUGCUGAAAACAAUGCUUAUCCCAACGCCAUUCUAAAUGGGCUCGAGAUUAUGAAAAUGAACAAUUCAGCAGGCAGCCUCAGUGGAGCCAACUCAGUUUCUUCUUCGAAUCCAGGUUCAAAAAGUAACGUUGGAGUAAUUGUGGGUGCCAGCGUUGGGUCAUUUAUUGCAGUGGCAUUGGCUGGGGUUCUCUUUGUUCUGUGCAGAAGAAGGAAGAGACUGGCAGACCAAGGCCAUUCUAAGACUUGGAUUCCCUUUUCCAUGAACGGAACCAAUUCUCAUACCAUGGGAAGUAAAUACUCAUAUGGAACAACUGCUAGUGCUGCUUCUAACUACAGCUAUCGUUUUCCUUUUGGGGUAGUACAGGAGGCUACGAGUAACUUUGAUGAGAGCUGGGUUAUUGGAAUCGGUGGUUUUGGGAAGGUAUACAAAGGAACCUUGAACGAUGGAACCAAAGUGGCUGUCAAGAGGGGAAAUCCAAGGUCUCAACAGGGACUUGCAGAGUUCAGGACUGAAAUUGAGAUGCUAUCUCAAUUCCGUCACCGCCACCUUGUCUCAUUGAUUGGGUAUUGUGAUGACAAGAAUGAGAUGAUUCUGAUAUAUGAAUAUAUGGAGAACGGAACCCUGAAGGGUCAUCUCUAUGGCUCAGGUAACCCCAGCUUAAGUUGGAAACAAAGGCUUGAAGUAUGCAUUGGAUCAGCUAGAGGACUUCACUACCUUCACACUGGUUAUGCAAAAGCAGUUAUUCAUCGUGAUGUGAAAUCGGCAAACAUCUUGCUUGAUGAGAACCUCAUGGCCAAGGUUGCUGAUUUUGGGCUUUCUAAGACGGGGCCUGAAAUUGAUCAAACCCAUGUCAGUACGGCGGUGAAAGGGAGUUUUGGAUACCUUGAUCCUGAAUAUUUUAGAAGGCAACAACUGACUGAGAAAUCAGAUGUGUAUUCAUUUGGGGUGGUUUUGUUUGAGGUUCUUUGUGCAAGACCUGUUAUAGACCCGUCUCUUCCGAGGGAAAUGGUGAACUUGGCUGAAUGGGCAAUGAAAUGGCAGAAGAAGGGGCAGUUGGAGCAAAUCAUAGACUCAACUCUUGCAGGCAAAAUCAGACCAGAUUCUCUGAGGAAAUUUGCAGAAACCGCCGAGAAAUGCUUGGCCGACUAUGGUGUUGACAGGCCCUCCAUGGGAGAUGUGUUGUGGAACCUAGAGUAUGCCCUUCAACUUCAAGAGGCAGAGAUUCCAGGCGACACCGAAGAAAAUAGUACCAAUAUGAUUGGCGAGCUAUCCCCACAAGUCAACAACUUAAAUAACGUUGAUACAAGUGACUCUGCUGCACAAUUUGAAGUCUCGAGCGUGGAUGAUCUUUCAGGUGUUUCUAUGAGUAAAGUGUUCUCACAGCUGGUGAAGUCCGAGGGUAGGUAACUGUUCCAAGAUAGUAUAUGCUACGAGUUUAGCAUCUCCUUCAGUAAACACUUCUUUUGUGGUAGUUUGCUGAUUGAACUUGAUGAAGCAUUCUGAGUUCUCCUUUUGUACAGAAGGGGGUGGCGGUUUGAGUGUGUUUUAGAUUCAUAAGGAUCUUGUGUAACUUGUUAUUUCUCAUUCAUGUUCCAUUCCACACUGUAUGAGGCAAAGGUUCAGGGGAUGGCUCCGUAGACCCUCCUUCUCCCAGCUAUCUGUCGCGUGUAGUUCAUAUGAUCGGUGACUGAGAGGAAGGGCGUAUGCGUAUCCCACUUCAGACUUUCACCAUAUGAAAGGCGGUAAAAGUUUCAUUUUCGUACUCUUCCUUCUACGGAUUUUAGUUUAUUUUGAGUGAUAUUUUGCGUGAUGUUUUGUUUGUCGUCGAUUGGUUCUUCAAUAGAAAAUAGAACAAGAGGAAACAGUUUCAGGUGCUUCUCUCAAACUCCCUAGUAAAUGGAUGUGUUUUAUACAGAGAAUGUAGAAACAAAAAUGAUCAAAACUAUAAUUUCUUCCCCUCUAGUUUUUUACACUUUCUAUGUAUCGAAACAUUAAGAUAUAAUGGACUUUCCUAUUCUUUUUC